AAGCUUUCUUUUGAUCAAAAGUUCUUGUCUAUAUAAGAGCAUCGGGAUUUGAAAUUCAUGGAGAAUCAUGACACAGGUAGUCUUACUUGGCUCCAAAGGAUUAAAGUAGCUCUUGGAUUUGCUCGUGUGGUUGAAUUUCUUCAUGAUCCAAAAAAACCUUAUUUAGUGCGCAACAUUAACACAGCUCAUAUAAUUCUCAAUCAAGAUUGCAACCCAAAGAUAUUUGACUUUUCAACCAUGAGUGGAGGGAUUCUUGGCAAGCUGACUCACCUCAAAACCGCUUGUUGAAUUUAGGCUAUGAUGAUCCAGAAGACUAUCCCUUAGGUAUUGAGGCUUGAAGUUACUUAUGUGUUUUCAAUUCAAUGCAUGCUUUUAGAUUUGUGCGUCUAUUAUUAGUAUUCUAUUCUCUUUCUUUUCUUCUCUCUUAAUUUUUAAGCCGUAGAAGUUGGACAACUUCAUUAUGACCAGGCUGUACACAACGUUAAGCAUUCAUCAUGUUUUGAUGAGCUAUAACAGCAUUAUGAUAAGAGCCUUCAACGGCUUACACUAAUCGAUUUACCUUGAAAAACUGUGUUUUUUGAGUAUUUCUUACUGCAAGUGCAAAUUG